CAGUACCUCGGUAUGCAACUAACUCCAUGCCCACCACCCUUCCACCCACCCGUCUACUACUACCGUCCCGGCCACCUGGGCCUGCACCGCCUGCCUAGGUACCCUGCCCGGGUCGUCUGGUGUCUCUCUGGUCUGUCUGUCUGGUCUGUCUGUCUGUUCUGUCUGUCCAAUUACACACACUUGUACCUACCUCGCCCCACCCACCUGGGUACUACGAGUAUUGUCUGUCAGCCAGGCCAGCCAGCCAGCCAGCCGUCACUCCAAGGGUCGGCCCUUCCAAAUUCUUUGGUCAGCUUUGCCUCUGGGACGGCUUUGGCAUUGAAAGUUUGCGCGCCAGCUGGUCUAAGGCCUUGCCUUUUACCUCAACAUCCACACGCACGCGCACGCACACGCACGCACCCCCCCCCGAUCUCCCUCUGCCACUCCUCACACUGGCAUUCUACGUGCAGACACUCUGCUCGCACACAACGACACAAUCCCGUCCUCGAAUUUCCCCUAUUCUCGGCCGCGCCCCUAAGCGGACACAAAACAGCCAGCCAACCAGACCAAAGUCUCGCUGGAAACAAGACGAGCAAGCAGCUGGGCAAGCAGCUGAGCCCGGCCCGGCCCAGUGGGACCUGCAAAACGCUCGGCCGCAUCGACUUUCAUUACGCAACUAACCACCGAGGCACGGUCGUUGAAUCGGUACUGUACGAGGUCCACCGCCUGUUUCAUACAAGGGCGAGCGAGGGACAGGCACAAGUAGCAACAAUAUUACCGAGCCGCGCCUCUGUUCCCACCAGACAGAGCCCCGUCUUCACGCACAGCCCCAGUCCCUCUUAGCCGCCCAAGACCACAAAUACUCAGGCUGCCUUGGGCCACCCCGGGCAGAGCUCGCGCCACGAUCCCCAGAGUCGCGCCACGCCACAGCCUCGCCAUUCCGUCACUUCCACCCUCAACCCUCCCGCUGCCGCUUCCCACCUCGCUUCGCUUCCGCGCCAGCCUUAUUAGAUAUGCGCAUGCCCAUGCGCGACCAGUCGCGUUAGACGCCAACGCCGGGUGCGCCCUGUCAAAAGUCCCCGUCCCCGUCCCCGUCCCCGUCCCCGUCCCCGCCAUCCUACCUGUUCGCCUCAAGAGCUUGCCCAAAGUAAAGCCUCAUGGCACCGGAAACCGGGCCCAUUGCGACACCACUCCCUUCCAUCUCCGCCGCCGCCGCCGCCGCCGCCGCACCAUCACCACCCCCACAGCAGGAACCGCAGCGACAACCCGCCCCAGCCUUACUCCCGACUGCGUCUCCAGAUCCCCGCGCCGGUGACAUCAACCAGUUAUCCCUCAAGAGGCCACGCGACGAAUCACCCUCCUCGCCCACCUCCACAGCCACAGGCCGGCGCGAAUAUUCCCCUGCCAAAGUCGCCCGCCUUGGCCUCUCGGCGCAGGCAUCCGCGCCGCCGCUUCAGCUCACCGGCGUCGCUGCGCUCGAGGAGGAGCGACGCCGUAGGGAGGAGGACAAGAGGCGCAAUCCGCCCGGCGUCAGCGAGAACCCAAACCACAGGACUUUGAAUGAGCUCCUCUCGGGAGGCACCAUGGCAAUAAGUCGCCCGCAAGACGCGCCAACAAACAUGGAGGAGAUGGCCCUCGCCGCCGAGGCCACCAAGGCUCUCGGUGGCCCCGUCACAAUACCUCAACCUAAUGUGUCGGAUGCGAGGACAGACAUCACCCCAGAUAGUGCUGCAGGCCCUGCCGGUGCUACCGGGAGCCAGCAUGUCCUGAGCAGUCCGGCGCCGAUGGAGGUUGAUUCCCGCGGCGAGCGCCAGCUCGUCUUGCCACAGCCCGAGGCGCACACGGAGGAGAAGACGCCGACAUCGCUGUCUUUCCCGGGGGUUCUGCAGCCUGGUGCAGCAAUGGGCGCUCCAGCGCCUCCGGAGCGCCACUAUAGCCUGCCAAAUAAUGGGGAGCAUGCUUCAACGUCGAAUAAGAAGCACAAGUGCCCGUAUUGCGAUACCGAGUUUACGCGCCACCACAAUCUGAAGAGUCACCUGUUGACGCACAGUCAGGAGAAGCCUUACCUGUGCCAGACCUGCAACCUGAGAUUCCGGCGUCUGCAUGACUUGAAGCGGCAUGGCAAACUCCACACGGGCGAGAAGCCUCACAUAUGUCCGAAAUGUGAUCGCAAGUUUGCGCGCGGGGACGCGCUCGCCCGCCACAGCAAGGGGGCAGGCGGGUGCGCCGGGCGCCGGGCAUCUGUGGGAAGCUACGGCGACCAGGCCGAUUACGACGGAGUGCCUCGGAAUGAUGGUGAUGAUCCAUCAAUUGCUCUCUACGAGGGUAACGGUGAUGUGGACAUGGUCGACGAAGAGCAUCGGCGGAUCAGCCUGCCCGCAAUGAAGGCACAGCCUAAUCCCGGUUCCCCUGAACCCGUUGGACCACAUUCUCGCACAUACCCUCCCAUUGGACCCAGAACAGGGCCUACUGGGGUGCUCUACCCUCCGCCCGGUGAGCGCGGUGCCAUCAGCGCCGGCUCAAACACAACUCAAUCAAGUCUAGUGAACAGCAUUGCCAGCAUUACCGAGAGCCCCAAGCCUCUUAGUCCUGCUGUGCACGAUCAGGGCUCCAUAAUUCGACAACACUCCCCGGGCUCCACUGGCCAGUAUCAGCAACAGCAAUACGUCGGUCGUGGGUCUGAUAGGGAGACGGCUUCCGGGGCACCGCUACCUCCACCACAAGGUAAGCUACCGCGAGCAGAUACAGCGGCCUGUCUCGAGCACCAAUCUGAUCCAGUUGAAGGCCAACAACAAAAUUCCGGAGCAACGGCACCAGACCACGGUCACGUGAGAAUGUCGACCGGUCCAACCAAUCAUGUCAACAGCGGCGAUGGCCCCGCGAACAUGUACUCUCAAGGAGAGCAGGGUCUGUGGAACUACAUACAGCAACUAGAGGAGAAGGUCAAGGACCAGAUCGAAUGGCGUGUAACCGCCGAGGCAGACUCCAAAGACCUCAGCUUGCGGCUUGCGAGGGUUGAGAGACACAAUGCCGAGCUGGCGGACGAAGUUAGCAGCCUGCGCAGAGCGAUUGAGCUGUCUGGGGGUCGGCCAUACCAUGGCGGAACAGCGCCAGCCUGACAACAAUGCCACCAGCUCCUAGCCAGGAACACCACACCCAGCACGAGCGCUUGCUGUCACAAACCGGCGUACAUUCCCAAUCAAAGUCUCGGAUGGGAUGGCCUUGCCAGCCCCUGAUUACCGGUGAUUCCGAUCGUCUCGGUGCCGCCCAAGAGGUCCGGGAUCCAGACUUGAAUAGGACAACAAGUCCACAACACCUACAUGGGCGGAUACUACCAUCUGCCGGCCCAGAAAAAAUAGCACAUGACCAGCAGCUAGACAGUUUCCUAUACCCUCGCUAGCUUUUAUUUGCGACAUAUCUCAUCAUGCAUUCAUAGGCGUGGAGUUUUCACGGAACGGGAAUCUGACUCCUUCACAACUAUUGCACCCAUUAAUAUCACCCACUCGGCAGAUGCACCUCACAGUUGUGUCUUUCUUACCAUCGUUGCUGCAUCAUAUCCGUUGGCUCUUUUAAGUGGCGACGACAGGGGACUCAUCUAAAACACUGGAGGUCUGGAAUUGCUGAAGGAUACAGGCGUUCAUGGCAUAGCCAAGUCCAGUCGUUCAAUUGGACUGGAGUCCUCGGCUAUUUCUUGACAAUCUUUUAAUGCGAUUAAGACUGGGGGGAUGAGGAUGAAAAUCUUAGGAGGCAAUGGAAAAUCGAGUUUCACACAAAUCACACACUCCAAAAGGCUCAUUUACCGACUGAGUCCCCUAUCCUGAGCCUAUAGGGAGGCGCACAGCGUGGACUGUUUCAAAAGUCCAACUUCCACUUAGCUUACCCCACUCCAACUUUCCACCCCCUAUACGUUAAGUAGUAACCUACUAGGCUAUAACUUUUCCCCACCCUAUUUUUAAUUAUUAUAUCCCCCUUAAUCCUACUAUUAUAACACCCUUUCCUUAAAUAUAUAUAUUUAAAAUUUA